GUACAUUAAAAAUGAAUGGAGAUGCAGAUGUAAUUAUGUCUGACAUCGGAGCAUGGGAGGCGGACGCCAGUUAGGAUUAACGCUUUCCUUGUACACGCCUUGCCAUUGGUCGAGAUGAGAUUCCACUGACUACCUGAAACAAUGAUCUAAUUGCCAGAAUAGAGAAAGUGUUAUCUACUUAGUGAGAAGAAUGAUUACACGCAGAUCUGAAGAUUGUGAGGCGAGUUGACUUAAAGAUAUCUCUGACAAGGAGUAUAUUCUUUGUGAGUAUUUCCACUUUCUCCAGCUUUGAAUGAAAAGCUUUUAAUUUUUCAAUUAUUUCAUCGAUAACAAUGUUUCGGACCGUCCUGAAUAGCGGAAAAGGUUUCAAAUUGUACAGCUGUCGAUGGUUAAAUCAAACGUCUUUGAAGCAAACAAACGAAAAACGCUUUAAUUUGUGAUACAAAAUCGUUACUCGCUCAACGAUGUCCUCAUGGAACUACGGUAGUCCCUGGGUUAGGGUUAGUUGUUGUUGUUGUUGUUUGCUUUUUUUUUUGAUACUAUCCUUACCAUUUGCUGUCUAAAGUUUCAAAAAAUAACAUAGAAGAGCAAAAGUUGAAUUCACACCCAUGUAUUUAUAAAAAGGCAUCUUUGAUCUGGUGUACAAAUGCUAAAUGGAACAUCUGCUGGACCAGAGCUCAACUCACGCAAACUGUCACUUUUACCAAUUCUCAUUUCAAACCAACACAAUGUAAAGUCAAUCAACACUCGGCGAUUGGCUUUACAAUAGUCAGACCUUUAUCUAUACAUUUUUUAAAGAUACUGUUUCAGUGUUCUAGUUUGAAGCAACGAUCUUUAUCUACUGGCAAGUAAUUGGAAUGGCGUAGGUGCUGUUGUAACUACCUUUCAUAGGUCAAUACAAGAUCUGCAAACUUCUGUCUCUCUUGUUAGUUCUGCUGUUUGGAUUUUAUGGUUAAUUUCCGUGACUAAUAUUGUGUUUCAAAACUUCCAAGUAAAGAUCGAUUCCUCGUCACAGGUAAGAGCUUUUACUUUUAUUGUUUUCAAUGCAAAGCAAAUCAGCACUCGGCGGUUAACUUUCUAAUAAUCAGACCUUUAUCUGUACAUUUUUUAAAGAUACUGUUUCAGUAUUCUAGUUUGAAGCAACGAUCUUUAUCUACUGGCAAGUAAUUAGAAUGGCGUAGGUGCUGUUGUAACUACCUUUCAUAGGUCAAUACAAGAUCUGCAAACUUUUAUCUCUGUUGUUCGUUCUGAUGUUUGGAUUUUAUGGUUAAUUUCCGUGACUAAUAUUGUGUUUCAAAACUUCCAAGUAAAAAUCGAUUCCUCAUCACAGGUAAGAGCUUUUACUUUUAUUGCUUUCAAUGCAAAGCAAAUCAGCACUCGGCGAUUAGCUUUCUAAUAAUCAGACCUUUGUCUGUACAUUUUUUAAAGAUACCUUUUUAGUGUUCCAAUAUCAAACAACGAUCUUCAUCGACUGGAAAAUAAUUCGAAUGACGUAGGUACUGUUAUAACUACCUUUCAUAGGUCAAUACGAGAUCUGCAAACUUCUGUCUCUCAUGUUUGUUCUGCUGUUUGGGUUUCAUGGUUAAUUUCCGUCACUAAAAUUGUGUUUCUAAACCGAGUAAAGAUCGAUUCCUUUUCAAAGGUAAGAGCUUGUAUUUUCACAGUCGCUUAUCCUUCAGUGUGCGACUAAUCGUAACGUAAAUCAUUUUGAAUUGUCUUUGGGGGAGUUUGUAAAAUCAGUGUUUAAAGCAAAGAAAACUCGUUCUGAUCUUGGAAUAAUAAUAAAAAAACUGGUGCAGUUGUAAAAUAGAACAAAUGAUACGAACCUUACUCGUACUGCACUCGUUACUGUUAAUAAGGAGGUGUAAACUGAAUGUAUUUCAAAUGUAUCGCCUUCAGAUCCUGAUCCAAACCCAUUUCUCACUCAAGCAGAGUAGUUUAAAAUUUGCUUCGAUGAAGACGAGUGACAAGGGAUCAGCCUGCUAUGUAGGUCCACGAAACCUUGAAUCAUGGACAUCUACAAAAAGUUGCAAAUGUAUCUGAGUCGGUCUCUCCCUGUGUAAAAUUCAGGGAUGUUUUCUCUUUCUUGCAGGACAUUCAUGGUGCAAAACAUCAAUCGUAACCUUUGGUUCAUUUUGUUUGCGGCUCUCGUCCAAACUGGUACAGCAAAUUCCCCAUCGUCAAGAGCUCGGGCGUUAUGUUUCUCUCACGAGCAAUGUCAAAAUGGAGGAAGCUGCUUAAAUCAAAGUUGUUUUUGUGCUAAUGGGUAUUACGGCCCAAAAUGCGAAAAUAAACGUCAGUGCGAUAAAAAUUUCCCUUGCCAAAACAACGGCACAUGUGAGCUGGACCGGUGGACUAACACAAGUUUUUGCAACUGUAACCAGUACUCAGUUAGCGAUGGUCGCUUUGAGGGGGUUUUCUGUGAAAAGAAAGCUCCAUGUCACGCGAAUGUUUACUGUUUAAAUGGCGGCGUGUGCCGAAGAGAUCCUUACCUGAACGGUGUCUUUUUCUGUAAAUGUCGUCACGGAUUUUCUGGACCUGAUUGCCGGGAGAUAACAUCGUGUCGUAAUUCGAAAGUUUGCCUGAACGGUGCAAGGUGUAUAAGUAACAAGUGCUCUUGUGACGGAGAUAGUCACACUGGUCAUUUUUGUGAGUUGGAAGUCACUUCGGCUCUUAAUUAUUCAACUGUCUUCCACUGGCCCUUUAAUCGACUACAUCUUGGUAUGAAAGGUGCAGCUAAAGUGGUUAGAGAUGCACAGAUGGGAAAUGUUCUCGAUAUGAUGAAGGCAGGAGGUGGUUGGGUUGACCUCGGCCAGGUUAAUAACCGUUGCCUCGAAGACCUAAGCAAGUGCCACGAAGGUAUUUCCAUGUCGUUCUGGCUUCAGUUUACUGACGGGCGUCAAGUGAUAACACUUAUCAACAAAAACAUCACGUUACUGUCUGUGCAUGUUAAAGACUACAAGAAUAUUUUUAUAAGGUUGAAAGCGGGCUCCAGUAUUUGGAAUAUUAAAAGAAGCUGUUUUCCCAUGGGAUGGUUCCAUCUGGCAAUAACUUGGAAUCACCGAAAAUUGCAUUAUUAUGAAAAUGGUCACCAAGUGCGUGUGUCUUCCGCUUCUUCGGCGCUGAUUCGAGAGGAUGCUAGCCCCUUUGGAAACUCAACUAAGUUGUCUGUUGGAGGAAACCAAGGUCAAGGAGCGUUUUCUACUCUACGAAUGAGCGACCUCGCCUUAUGGACGCGCGCAUUGUCCAUUGAGGAAGUAGGAGACGUGUAUAAAAAGAAACUUUCAUCUCCACUCACAACGCGCUGCCUCUUGGUUCCCUGUUCAUCAAACCAGUGGUGUGAGGAUAUUAGCAACGAUUCCCGCAACUUCACUUGCAUCGAACCUGCUGGUUUCUACUGCAGUUUUGACAACAGUUCUUGUCAAUGGCUAGAUUCGCCCCUCAAUAAUAGUUAUUGGAAGAUUGUCAAAAGAUAUGGUUCUUUACGUCAUGAUCAUACUACGAACUCUUGCGCAGGUUCCCAGAAAUUCCUAGGCCUAGUUUCCAGCAAAGGUAGACUUAGCAGUGACGUCAUCAUUCCACCAUUUUCAAAAUCGAGUGUCCUUUGGAAGAAGGUGGCGAUAUCGAUGUGGUAUUACAUGGAGGGAUGGACGAACAAAACAUUAUAUGUUAUCCUACAGACAUCGGCUGAAUAUAAAGAAGUAUUUACCGUCAAACAACGGCAGAAUCGACUAUGGACAUAUUGGGAUCUGCAAGUCCCUGUUAACAGUUCUUUCCAGGUUAUUUUACGAGGUGAAAUUAAUGGCAGCGGAGGAAUUUUCGUCGACGAUAUUUCCGUGGAAACUUUCAGUUCUCCAGCCAUUAUUCCAAGGAAAGUCCAUUACUUUACCACUUUACAAAACUCAACUUCACUAGUUUGCGCCGUCUACAAUGCUUCUAACAUAACCUGGUACAGAAAUAAUAAUCCAAUCCAACAAGACAACCAUUACACCAUAUAUAAUGAAAUGAGAGGUGACAAAAAUGUGAGUGUGUUGAAAGUCACAGACACCAACUGUCAACUGGCGGGAAAUUAUACUUGCGUGACGGCGAACCAAUUUGGCAGUGUCCAGCGGCAAUUUACUCUUUCCAUAUUUGAUGUGCCUCAACCACCUUCAAAAAUGACGAUAGACAGUUAUUCAAAGCGGAUCAGAUGGACGGAGGAACCUGGGUAUGAAUGUCUUCCCAAGGCACAUUUUGUGGUAGAAUACAAGAAGAAAUCGUCAGAGAAUUGGACAUUUGCUGGUUACUUUGACGACGGAGUAUUCGAUCUUGUAAACGUCUCUGAAGGUGAAAAAUAUACCGUUAGAAUCUUCGCCAAAAACUUCAUCGGAAGAAGUCGAGCAUCUCCCAUUACUUUUUGGACAAACAUUAAACCAAGCGAGAUUCAGCUCUUUGUCAACGAUACGGUCGUUCAGAAUUCAGAGAGGAUAGCUUUACACAGAGGACAACAAGUGACCUUAGCAUGCAAAUUUAAAGCCGAACCGAAGCCCACUGGAUUCACCUUAUGGGUUCCCUAUCCUCACAAUGUAUCCAUAGAUUCUCAACAUCGGAUCAGCGAAAUAACAUGGAAAAUUGUUCUUCGUGUAAAGAGCGUGAGCUGUCUUAACACUGGUUCCUACUCGAUUGAACCACGCAACUUAUUGGGAAGCGAAAGAUCAGUAUCUGUUAAGUUGGCAGUCAGUGAACCAGAUCCACCAAAAACAUUCAACGUCGUUUUCAUCAACAUCACGUCUGUAGUCAUAUCAUGGUGGGCUUACUGGUGUAAUGGCGCACCGCCACGUGAGCUGCACGUGCGAUAUAGACAACAGGGUUCAACUGUUUGGGAGUUAAUAAAAUACAAGAAUCCACCCCGAAAAGUGAUCUUUAGGAGCAAGUUUAAAUACAAAACAGAAUACGAGUUUCUAGGUUCCACCGCGUACAAUGGUCUGCGGAGCGAAUACAGCAGUGUUGUUAAAAUACGCUCUCCUGAUCUCACCAAUGUGACCAUGACAAGCAACUUCACAGGUCCAGCCAAUACGACACUGACAAUCUACUGCUUGGCAGUCAACCUCACAGCUGUAUCUUUUUCUUGGACCAAAGACUCUAUGACCCUGCAGGCUUCUUAUCGCGUAAAGUUUGACGUCAACACCAUCUCUUCUGUAUUGACCAUAAGAUUUACCAAGAAGACUGAUUCAGGAAACUACACAUGCAAAGUCAGCAACUCUAAAACAAGUUUUGAAGAAACGAUAGGCGUGGCCGUAUCUGAACCUCCAAGUGUACAUAUCAGUCCUCUUGUAAGAACAUUGUUUGAAGGGGACAGCGUGUCUUUUCAUUGUCAUCUGUUAAGUGGUAACAUAUCACGGCUACACGUCACUUGGUACGAAAAGGUUGAAGACAAUCCAGAGAAACUGAUGAGCGACAAGAAUGACUCCCUGUCACUUACUGUUAAAGGAACUCUACCAAGUAGAAAGGACAGUCACUUGUCAUUUUACAGAUGCCUUGUGCGAAAUGCUGAUGGUGUGGGCUCCAGUCCCCUAGCCAAACUAGUAAUACUACGUAAAGGAGAUGAAGCCGUUUGUGCAAGUGAAGAAUCGCAUGAAGUCGCGUGGUCAGUGACGUCAGCAGGGAUGAUUGACGAGCAGCAGUGUCCUUAUGCUAUUGGACAGGCAAGGAGAAGAUGCAUUAAAACCGGCCCAAAAUCCGUAGAGUGGGGAGAAGUCGACUUCUCAGACUGCAUUUCGCUUCAAAUAAGGGAAAUACACGAUGAGGUAAUAGCAGUGACAGAGGGUUACACGGUGAGCAGAACUUUAAGCAACAUACUCGAGGAUCUUCAAAACGCCAGUGCACCCCACGCCGCUCCAAGUUUGGGGGAGAAAUCGCCCUCAAUGUAUGUGAAAGAUCUGACAACUUCUGUUGAUGCACUGAGAAGACUGAUAAGGUACAAUGCUGGACAAAGAGAGAAGCCUCUGAGCAAUAACCGCGACAUCAACAAUUUAGUGAAGACUUCUAGCAACUUACUGAAACGUUCCAAUUUACCAGCAUGGAAAAAUGCACUCAAGAGAACCAAUGACUUAGCCUACCAAAUGAUCUCAGCAAUUGAUGAGUACGGCCAUCAUUCUACCAACAAGACAAGUGACAUUCACGUAGAUGCUAACAACGUUGUUUUGAUUGCAGUCAAAGUUUCGGUCAACAGUUCUACUUCCACGAUUGGUAUUCGAAUAACUCACCGUCAAAGCUCACUUGAGCUUCCAUCGCUGCUUUUCAGCCGAAACAACACCUCAGUGACUGUGGUGAGCGUGUUUUUCUCUACUCUGGGUCAAAUUCUCACUCGUACCAAGGCUCUUGAUACUUCCUACCUCAGUGGAUCUGAUUAUCUCCUCAACUCACGGUUGGCGUCAAUCACAGUCAGGCCACGCCCACCUAACGUCAUUCAACCACCCUUUAAAUUGGCACUUGAGACGAACAAGGUGGCAUUUGCUGGACGUAAGAGAGCCUGUGUAUUUCUGAACUUAAAAAUAAAAAAUAACACAGCUUGGUCAACAGAUGGAUGCAAUGUUGUCUCCUCGCGCACCAACAGAACAACUACAAGCUGUGCGUGUGAUCACAUGACCGUCUUUGGAAUACUGAUGGCGAUUAAUGGUGACAAGAAAGAAGAUGUCAGGCACCGCGCCCCCCUCUCAUGGAUAUCCAUUGUGGGAUGCUUGAUGUCUCUCGCUGGUAUCCUUGUCACAUUGUUGGUUUUGGCUUUCUUCUGGAAGAACAUGCGCUCCCCGAGGACCAUAGUUCUUAUAAAUCUCUGUGUUGCCAUAGCAAUGACAGACGUAUUAGUGGUUACCAUGGAAAUUAUUGAUUUGCAAAGCAAGACCGGAUGCAAAGUCCUCGCUGCCCUCCUCCACUUCUCUGUUCUCUCCAUAUUCUGUUGGAUGCUGUCAGAGGGGGUCCAGCUUUAUUUAUCCCUUGUUAAGAUUAUUGGAACAACUGUUUACGCCAAUGUUAAAGUGUUUUACGCUCUCGGGUGGGGUCUUCCUUCUCUCGUUGUAUCACUUUCCUUGAUUGUUACUCAAGGUCAAGGUUAUGCUGAUAUGCAGUCCUGUUGGUUGUCCACGCGAAAUCACGUGAUAUGGGCUUUUGUAUCCCCUGGGCUUCUUAUUGUCAGCGUGAAUAUUGUGGUCUUCACUUUAGUUAUUUCUAGCAUGCUUUCAAGCCAUCGGCUCAGAAAAGAACCGCUGACAAGAAGAUUCCAACGUGGGCUCAAGGCCUCAUUUGUCCUUCUCCCUGUUCUUGGAUUGUCGUGGUCUUUUGGCGUUUUAACCAUGGCCACCAAUGAAAUUGUAUUCAGUUACAUCUUUGCUGUCUUAAACUCGCUACAAGGAUUUCUUAUUUUUAUUUUCCACUGUGUUUUAAACAAGCAGCUUAGAGAAGUGUUGACGGAGAGAAGGAGGAAACGAGCAGGUCGAGUGACAGACGCCAUGACAGCACAGUCGAACAGAAAACUCAGCACAACAACAGGAGCCCCCAACAGUCAACUCGGUUCAGCCACUCCUCUCAGACUUCUAAAUCUUCAUCAGUAUAGCCCAGAAAUCUCACUUUCGCGCCAGCCCUCUCCGCCCUCGUGUGCCGCGCGUGCCUUUGGGAAAACGUCCCUGGUGUCAACAAGCCUUGAUGCAACUCGAGUGGAUCAAAACAACUUGCUACAGACCGGCAAAGGAAAAGAAGAAAAAAACACGAACAGUCAAGAGACCUCUGAGCAAGUAACUUAUCUGGGAAAGACGGACGAAUCUUUCAAACCUUGUGAUAUUUAUGAGAGAGACUGGACCAGCCUGGAGUCAUCCUCUGAAUCCAUAAUCGAUUUCAACGCAGGCGUGGAGCUUGAGGUAAACAGGUAAACUGCAGAGUGUCCCAAGAAAAUGUUACUUCGCAGCAGUUGUGAAUCUGGUCUAUAGAGACUUCAGACUGUACGUACGCGUGUCAUUUUCCACCAACGUGAGGUCUGUUUCGCUGCACUUUCGCUAUCAUAAUAGGAGAACUGGUCGGGCUUUUUUCAGCCAUGUCACUGCAUUCACCAAUGUGAGAAAUAGAGGAAGGUUAUGCGUGGCUGAGAGAACGAUGGAAGUGAUUCCGGAAGAAGUACUCAGGUAGCGAGAAAAUAUCCGGUACUGAAACGUGCUCUCCGUUUCUUCAGUUGGGAAAUUCUUAAACGAUUUACAAAACUUUCGAGCGUUUUCAUAGAGUCAAAAUUUGAUAAAGUUUGUAAAUUUGGUUCACUUGUCGAGUUUGUCUCGAUAAGUAUUGGAGGAAGAAAAAACAAUACAGUGCUUCCGCUCCAGCAUGCUAGAGAAAGUUUGGCCAUGAUAAAGCCACGUUUUGAAAUAAAUGAAACACGAGUUAGUUACGCAAUCUUAAUUCUUUUUCGUUUUCAAAGCAAUUUGAAUCACAGAUGAGAUAGGUUUUUUUUUCUCUCUGAACAGAACGACCGUAAAUAGAAUGUUAUUUUUAGCAUUUCUUUGGAUGUCAAAGGAAAAGGUGAAAAUAUUGCGCUGAAACCCUUUUUAGAUCAUUGAUGGUAAAGAUCAUUUAUUUGACUCGUCACAAAAUCAUUUCAAUAUUCAUUUCUCUCGAUUCAGCAAGAUACAUUUACACUGUAACAAUAGAAACUUGAUUAGUUCGUAUCAUUUUUCGUUUUCAGAACGUGUCUUCUGCUAUCCAGACCAUUUGUCACAACUUGAUUACGCGUGAUUUUGCACGUGAAAUUACAAGCGAUAUUACACGUGAUUGCAACAACGAUCUGUGCUAAUGAUUUUAGGGCUGACUUGCCAAGAAUAGCAACAGAUCAAAGCUAACAUCUCAGUUUCCGUCUUACAAGCAAAACUAAAUCCUUUUUCUGUCUAGCUCUGAUUAAACAGUUCUAAAACAGGAAGCUCAUGUCACCAGCUAACUCGAAAUUAUAUAUAGAACAAUCUUACUUCCAUAGGGGCUGUGUAAACAUUAUGUUUUGGUAUGUCAGCUUUUUCUUUGGUACAAAAUUUAAUCAUCUUCCAGGAUGAUUUCAAACGAUGCGUACCCUUAGUUAGGAGUUACGUAACUUUUUGUUACUCUGUUAUCAACCAAAGAAACUUAACAUUGAUCCCUCACCAAAUUCGAUCCCUUGCACCGUCAAUUAAAGCAGUAUUUCAUUCCAAUUGAUAACAUCUUGCUUGUUAUUAGUUAUUAGUAAUUCUUUCUUUUUGUUAUCGCUUACUUAUCCAUCUUUUUAUCUAUUUCUCUAUUGCUUUGGAACUGCUCCAAUUGUCAUUGUAACUGAGAUUCUCUGAAGCGAGGCGCCGCAACGUAGUUUCGAAGCAAAUAUCGCCUUAUCGGGUUUUUUAAAUGUUCCUUUUCACUCAGUUUUCUCGAAAGCCAGAUUCGGACCGUAAUAACAGACUUGAUAUUAGAAAAAUAAGAUCAGUUCAACGCUUCUGUCGUAAUUGGUGUAAUAGUGUCUAUUACACGCCGUCAUCGAUUGUAAAUAAAACCUGAUAGCAUUUGCUUUUUACCCGAAAUGCUAAGUCACUAAAUUCCGUGAACAGUUCGUUUUAUCAGGAAUAAUAGAUGAAGUCAACCUAAGCUAUCAAGGAAGUCGCAACAUAUCUGUC